CUUGGCAUCAUUCAGUCUGACUUGAUGAUAUUUAGAAAUGGACUUUGGCUUCUGCAUGGGGUGGAUAUGGUGAAAAAAAUAUCCCAAGCAAUAUCUAAUGGAUUAAAACAAUUGUCUAUUAGUGAAUUAAAACUAAACCAGAAGAAAGUUAUAGAAGCAUAUUUGAAGAAAAAGGAUGUUUUCUUCUGUUCACCUACUGGAAGUGGUAAAUCAUUAACAUUUGAGCUGGCACCGUUUUUGUUCAAAGCAUUAAGUUCAGCUCAUGAUAAAACAAUUGUGUUGGUUAUUUCCCCUCUGACCUCUCUUAUAAGAAGUCAGGUAGAUGCAUUGCAAAAGAAAGGACUUAGUGCACAUCACCUGAGUGAAUUAGGCGGAGAGUUUGCUGAUCCUACAAUUAUCUUUGCGAGUCCAGAAUCAAUAUUUGGAACACAAAGAAAAAUUACAGAGGAUUUGGCAAACAGAAACUUUAUUAAAGCUAUUUUUGUGGAUGAAGCUCAUUGCAUUAAGAAAUUUUUUCAUGCAGCGGUGAAGAUAAAAAGAAAAAAACCAGCAUACCGUCCAUUUUAUGGAAAACUAGGAGAAAUAAGAUCUCUCACAGGAGAAAAUGUUCCAGUGAUAGCAUUAACAGCAACAGCUACCAUUGAAACAAAAGAACACAUCUACAAAAGUUUAUCAAUGAAAAAAGUUGAAGAAAUAAUUGUCAGUCCAAACAAGCUGAAUAUUACAUAUUGGUGCAUCAAGUUACAGCACAGUAGCAUUAGGAAAAAUUUUAAAUGGCUUGUUGAAGAGCUCAAAGCAAACAAGGAAAACACAACAAGAAUGAUCAUAUUCUUUAGGCAAAUUAAGCAUAUAUCAGAAGUUUAUGAGCUCCUGGAGGAAUCACUAGGCAAGGCAUCAUAUGUCAAUUAUCAGGAAGAUGGCCCUAAUGACGACCGUGAUGAUGUAAAAGAAUCUAUCUGUUCGUCAUAUCAGGAUCCGACUGGUGAUAUUCGGGUAGUUCUUUGUUCAACAUCCUUUGGCAUGGGCCUGGAUGUUAAGGCAGUUGACACAGUUGUCCAUUAUGGUCCUGCCAAUGAUAUUGACGACUACCUUCAGGAGACUGGACGUGCUGGUAGAGAUCCACUUAUUCAAAGUCAUGCAAUACUCAUGUUGUAUAAAAGAUCCUUGGGUAGUCGUAAUAUAAUUCCUCAAAUGAAGGAAUACACAAAGUCCAUUCUGUGUCGAAGACAGUAUGAAUGUUCAUGUGAGGAACCAUGUAAUAGUGUUAAAUCUAAAAUAUUUGAACGAAUUCUUUUGACGAAUGAAGAGGACUCAGACGAUAGUCAGACAUCAGAUGAAGGAUUAUCUGAUGACAGUGAAUAUAUUAGAUAUUUGUCUACAAAACCAGUUCUAAACUAUUCAUCUGAUGAAGACUGA